CCCCGCGCCCGGGCUGAGUCACCAGCUGCCCCGGCGGAGCUGUGGGGCUCCUCGGGCCUGGGACCCGCGUGGAUGCGGGGGAGCGAGGAUGACGCGCUCGCCAGGAGUCAGGAUGACGCAGUCCACGUGUCGGGGGGAUUUAAAAGUUUGGGAAGGGACCGCGGGCUCCGCAGCUCGGCGACUCCAGAGCGGGAGGGAAGCGAGACACGCAGCAGCGGGCGAGGCGGGAAGGGCUCCGCGGCGCAGACUCGGGGCCAGCCGGGCCGCCCUUCGGCAGACACCAUGCCCAGGAGAGGCGCUUGCCAGCGGCAGCCCCCUAUUCAGCACCGCGCCGCCUCCUCCCGCGGCAGCCAGCCCAGCCUUAGGAACCAGCCGGGGGGCCACAGCAACGUGCCAGGAGCCCCCCUGCUAUUGCUCUUCCUGGUCCUCGCCUCCUGGACGUGCGCCUGCCAAGGUGUACCAGUGCCAUCUCAAGAACUACAGGCAGAACAAGAUUUGCAGCUGUGGAAUGAAAUCGAUGGUGCAUGUUCUGCUUAUCUGUCCAUCAUAGAUCCUCAUCCUGAGGCAUCCAGUGCACUGGAAGAACUUUGCUUUAUGGUCAUGGGAUUUCUACAGAAACCUCAGGGUUUAGAGGAAAAAGACAACACCAAAAGGUUCUUAUUUCAUUAUUCUAAGACUCAUGACUCAGGCAAUUCAGACAUCAUGUCGUCUGUCCUGCAUCCUUUGCUGCAACUUGUUCCCCAACUUCAUGAGAGAAGAUUGAAGAGAUACAAAGCAGACGAGGAACUUCAAGGACCUGGAGGGAUUCAAAGCAGGGGCUACUUUUUGUUCAGGCCACGCAAUGGAAGGAGAUCAGCAGGUUUCCGCUGAAAAGGAUUUUUAUUCCUUACCUAGAACUAAUGCUGUGGGAAUGCAGAAUACAUGGACAUAGUGUUUUGCUCACAAAAAUUAUUCCUUACCACUUGUACAAUUCUUAAAAAACCAGUAGAAUGUAAAUGUUCCUAAAUCAGAUUUUGUUAAAAUUGCCAAUGUUUCUUUAAUUUCUUGAGUAUAUUAAAAGCAUCUUAAAAUUAUUCAGUUGAUUUCUAGUGUCAUGAUGUAUACAGUUGUGUGUAAUAAAAAUGUAAACAAAAAAAUUAGUGUAAGAUCCUUGCAUGCAAAAAAUAUUGUCCCUACCAGUAUUGCUAUACACUUAUUUAUUUAUUUAUUUGGUAAAUAAAAGCAAUCAGUAGAGUUGUUUUAAA